AGCCACCGCGCCGCCACAGCUUCCGGCAGGGAGGAAGAGGAGCAGCAGCUGAAGAUGAUGAAGGCUGAUGAGGAAGACUACUGGAACAGCUCCAAGUUUAAAGCUUUUACCUUCGACGACGAAGAUGACCAGCUGAAGGAGUCGAAGCAGGCGGUGAACAGUCUCCGCCCGCUGGUGGAGGAAGACGAUGAUGAAGACGAGGUGGAGAAAGUCAGCUGGAGCGGAGAGCCAGUGGGAAGUAUUUCGUGGUCGGUCAAAGAGACGGCAGCGUCCAAUCAGAGGACAGACAGAGACAGAGAGCCCGCCUUCCCCAGAAUCAACACUGAUACCCCACCCAAAAGCUCCUCCACCUACUCCCUCAGCGCUCUGUUCAAAGGAAAAACAAAAGGAGGAAACUUCCAGACUUUCACUGAGUCACUCAGUGAAUCUUCUUCUGUCAGACUUUACGCUCCGGAGCUCAGAAAACCCAAAUCUGAAUGCAAGGAUUACGUCAGUGAUUGGACGCCUGAGGAGACAGUCCAGAGACUGCAGCAAGGAAAGGUGGUGUCUCUGGAGAAGUUUCGGUCUCUUCAGGACAAACUGCUGCUGCUGGAUUUCGCCGUCAGUGGCAACGAUGGAAACGUCAUCACAGCUGUGUUAAUUUAUUUAAAGAGGACUCUGAGUAAAGAGGUUCUGGUUCGGGAGCUGGAGUCCAGACAAACGGCUCUGAGACAUUUCAUCCAUUAUCUGACUGAGACCAAAGACCAGAGACUGCUGCUGGAGCUGCUCAGAGCUCUGGGCCGAACGGAAGACGUGGCGCUGAUGCAGUAUAAGGAACACUUCAACAUCCCAGAUGAAAACAAGAGGCGGGACUUCCUGAAGAGCUGCCUCAGUCUACCGUUUUCUGGCGAGGACUCGGCACACGUCCAGGAUCACUACACCCUGCUGGAGAGGCAGAUCAUCAUCGAGGCAACAGACCGUCAGGCCGAGUCCGGCGGGAAGGUGGAAAUCUUCCAGAAGUUUCCCAGAAGAGCUUCGAUCCUCAACAUGCCGCUGAUCACCACGCUGUACUACUGCUGCUUCUACCACUACCCCGAGGCUGAGGGGACUUACAGCAGUCCGGCUAACAUCCGUCAGACCUUCAGGAUUUCGGAGAAGCAGUACUUCGUGACGGCGCUGGCGGCGCGGGCGAAGCUGAAGGCCUGGAUGGACGUAGACGCUCUGUUCAGCAGCAGGAACUGGCUCGGGUUCACCAGGAAGAAAUCUCCACUCAGCUUCCAGAGAGUCGUUGAUAUCCUGCACAAGAACUCCGCCCCCACACAGGUGCUGCAGGAGUACGUAGGACUGAUCGGAGACGCUGACCUGAGGAUCUCUUUGGCUCAGAAACAUAAAUGUCACGACAUCGUCAUCAACACGUACCGAGACCUGAAGGACCGGCAGCUGUUGCUAGGAUACCGAGGGAAGGUGGAGAGGGGUUCAGCAGAGGAGAGGAAGAUCAACGAGCUGCUCAACAACUCGCAAAUCCGGUGGAAGAACUGACGACGCGCCACUUCCUGUUUAAAGAGACGAACCGCCAUCACCGUGACAACAGCAGCGUCCAAUCAGCUCAUUUCUGCUUUUCUCUCAUUGGACACACAGAAAAACAUUUGGUUUGACCCCGCCCCCUCAGUGCAUGGAGGGGGCGGGGCUUAUCCUGAUGACUCAUCGCUUCAACAUUCCUCCUUUAACCUUUGACCCUUUGUAUUUAAUAAAUAAACCUUUAAAGUCA